UAUUUUUUUACACGUUGUCUAAACAUCAACUGGUACCGAGCCACGAACCUGUAGUAACUACUAGCAUUAAUUCCAAUGGCUUGGCUACACUCUGCCACCGAUGCGCGAAGAAGCUGUGUAUACGGAAACAGAUAAUUGCAACGCGUGGCCUAAACAUCAGCUGGGCGCGGGCCGCGAUCGACUGUCAUAACACGGCAGAACGUAUUGGAGCCAGGCGCGUCACAACACGCGCACGUGGGACAGAAGUCGCCUGAAUCGCUAACCGGGAUGAAGGUCUGGAAAGGCUCAUUUUGGAAAUAGCACUAGCCGCCGUCCUGGGAGUUGUGACAAGAAAGUACUUUGACGAGUGGUCAGUUUUCACUAGCAUGAAUCAUUCUUCACGGCUAUUACUAACGUGCCUCCUGCCGCUGUUCCUGCUAUCAACAGUUACUGUAGUGUGUGAGUUCUGCCCGCGGAAGGAGCACCUGGCCAGACGACAGUGUAAGAAGAAGUGUGUCGACACGUGUCUCAGCUCCAAGAAGAAAUGUCUCUGUGACGGCGCGUGCGGCAAGAGCUGCAUCAACCCAAAUCUACGCUGUCAAGAGUUGGGCAAGACCAUUCCAAAUGGCCGCAUCGAGAUCAUUCCGUUCAACCAGUUCGGCGCCGUGGCCAAGUACUACUGCAACGAUGGCUACACUCUAUUCGGACUGCCCGCCAGGGUGUGCCAGGGGGACGAGACGUGGAGCGGGGACCCGCCCGUGUGCCGCCUCAACCACGACGCCAUUGAGAAGCACGAAUGCGGCGCUCCCCCGUUCGUGAACAACGCCUUCCACAACGGCCAGGGCGUGCACGGGACCUACCCCCUGGGCAGCAUGCUGCAGUACCAGUGUAACGAGGGCUAUACCGCGCGCAAGGACCGGGUCGACCGAGCCUGGUGUGUCGGGGGCGGCGUCUGGGUGGGACCCAACAUGACCUGCGACAAUCCUGGAUGCCCAAUACUACCGGAAAUUGCGCAUGGUUCUGCGCAGAUCAUAUCGAACCACAUCAACGGAACUGCUCGCUAUUACUGUGACCAGGGCUACCACUUAGCCGGCCGGUCCAUUAGAAAGUGUUUAGAAAACGGAACAUGGGGUGGGAUGACACCCACAUGCGAGGAAGUUGUGUGCGGAUGGCCCCCAGCAGUAGAGCACGCUACGCAUGACAACGACCCGGAUCAGGCUCAGUUUCCGGCAGGAACUCAGCUUAUCUAUACAUGCGCAUUCGGCUACUACCGUGAGGGAAUCCCCCGAUCCAUGUGCAGUGGCGCCGAGGGCACGUGGAUUGGACCGAGGAUGAGUUGUAAAGCCAGAGACUGUGGUUCACCUGGGGAGAUUCAAAAUGGCUGGCGGGAUCCCGGCUACAGAUUUACGUACCCAAGUCGCGUGACAUACCACUGCCAUGAGGGCUACGAGCUUAUAGGCAAAUCAUACCGAGACUGCCUGGCCAGUGGCGACUGGUCGGAGACUCUGCCCACUUGUAUCCCGAUCGACUGUCCAGAAUUGGGUCCUCCGCUGCACGGCACUAUGAUCGGUUCUGGCACCAUGUACGGGUCGGUGAUCCGCUUCGUCUGCAACGACGGCUUCAAGGUGGUCGGCUCCUCGGAACGACGUUGUCAGUCGGACAGGACGUGGAGCGGACAGGACGCCGUGUGCGAAGGUCUGUCGGCAAAACUAACUCUAAAAAUCAACUGCGGCGUGCCAGGCCCGAUUUGGAAUGGUUACCUGGAUGGUCACAGAACAACGGUCGGCGCUGUAUACUUUUACAGGUGUCAUACACGGACUAAAUUCAAGGGUGCGUCAUUCUCCACCCAGUGUUUGGAAAACGGACAGUGGUCUUAUCCGCCGCCUCUGUGUAUGGGUCAGUGCCAGGUUCCCGCCAUUCUGAACGGGACGCUGCUGAUUGGUCGAGAAGGGGUGUGGGUCGACGACAGCACGGUCGUCAACUACGAGUGUAAGAACGGCCUUGUGCUCAACGACACGGCGCCCGUCAGCUGUAACAACGGCACGUGGACUGUCAUCCCCAGAUGUGUGCCCGCUCCAUGCAAAGGUCCCCCUCCCAACAUCCAGAACGGACACCGUGUGUUUUUCGGCCUGCGGCACGGAGACAAAUCCCGCUAUUUCUGCAUGGAGGGCUACAGACUGCACCACAACAGUAAAUACCUGUCCUGUCAGUACGGCGCCUGGUCGGGGCCUCGCCCCUACUGCGAAGAAAAUUUUUGUCCCAAUCCUGGUGAAAUAACAAAUGGAAAAGUCUACAAAAAGGGCCACGUUGGAAAAUUUCUUUUUCGAAACUUCAUUGUGACAAUUAAACAUGGCGACCGCUUGGAAUACGAGUGUCACCGUGGCUACAAACUUAAGGGACCUAAGGGAGCCGCGUGCGUUAACGGCAAGUGGAGCCCGGAUGAAAGUCCCAAGUGUGUCAAGUCCCGGCAUCCCAUUUUCCACAAGUUAUGGCGUCCAGCGGAAGAGGAAGAGGCGAGCAGACAGUAUGGGUACUAGAGACACGCAGCAGAGAGUCGUCCAGCUUAGUGUUACUGUACAGCUUCUCAAACAUCCUAGAAUGCUGAAUACUUAAAGGAACUUUCUGGAGUUUUCUGCCAUUGUAAAAUGUUUCUAAAAGAACUUUUUUAACAACUGCAAAGUACGCAUGAAAUACAUUUUCUUGUUUAUAAUACUAAUGUCUGUAUUUUCAAUGUGUUUCUGGUCAUUUUAAUAAUGUUUGUAGUAGCUAAAAUUUUAUUUUAUUUUCUAAAAACAUUUUUUAUGAAAGUUCGAAGUUAUUGGGAGGUACAGUCUAUAGUCUCAGAUUCUAGGAAUAUUCAGGCGACCAGAAACUCUUUGUUUAUACAAAAAACUGAUAUCUUAAAGAAGAAAAUGCAUUUUAUAUGUAAUUUUAAUUAAAAUGCUCUGUCCAUCGAAAACAUGUUACAAUAGCAGCAACGUCGGGACAGUCUCUUUAAUGUAAUCGGAGUUGUCGACAUUAUAUACAGGACUUAGUUAUCUCCAAAUUGUCCAACAAUCUGUAUAGUGUGAAACAGGAUCUUAUUCUACAAAAUGAUGUCAGCGCACAUAAGGUGAUCUUAGCGGCUAAGAUCGAUUCGUAAAACAGAGGCCAGGAACCUAAUUCACUAAACUCUCUCAUCUUUGCGAUAACACAGUGCGGUGCAAAACGACUUGCAAAGAGGAUGCUUUGUUGUCUAGCAGAGCCUAAGAGACCUUUGUCAAUUAGGCUCCUGAUCAUUUUCUGCGAUGCUGAUUCUAGGAGAUGCCGGACUUCCGGUUCAAACAUAUAAAUAGUCAAAUGGAAUGUUUAUGAUAUAAGGUUACAUUGAAGAUUAAUACAUAUUUAUGCAGAUUGGAAAGAAUGAAAAACCGUUUAGAAACUGUCCAGCACAUUCUAAAAUCAGAAUUAUUAUUUUGUUACACAGCUGUCAUAAAAAUAAUAUGAUAUUUGUUUACACAUUCCAUAUCAUGCCCAAUUUAAUACUCUCUGCUGCCAAUUUACUAAAGCAACGAACUUUGUAAGAUUAAAAAUUAAUCAUAUUUGAUCUAUUUAAUUUGAUUAAAUUAUAAGUAUCGAAAUAAAAAUAAUAUAUACAUGCAUUUUAUGUGUGAUGUAGGUCAUUCUAAUUCAAUGAAAGUAUCACUCUCGCAAAGUGGGAAACUGUCCGGGGACUCGCACUAUACUGGGUCCAACACGUUCGAAAUUGUUUUAUUGUGGGACACGUUAACAUGAGUUCUUAUUAUACCACCUAGCGAAUAUUAUAAACCAUGUCACCACAUAUAGAUCAGUGGGUCCAGUAAUGUCUAUCGAGAGCCCCAAAUACCAUACGGCCGCUCUUAUUGGCUGUAGACAACUUCGCAGAUAUGGAUAUGCCCGGUGGCGGAUCCAGGAAAACAUGGGGGUGGGGAUUAAGGGGAAAGGGCACAUGGUCCAGUAGGGGGCCAACAAAGAAAGAAAGGAAAGGUUGGAGGUUUACUUUGUGAAAAUCAUGGUUGUGAUGUACAAUAUAUCUUUAAUUAUAAUGUUACUGUAACUCUAAAAUCAUCCUUCGUUGCUUAAAACAGCAAAUUAAAUCGAUGCUUUGGCCUCCACAAUUGAUCAUAUAUUGAGUUGGAAGGUAGUAUUAAAGUUAUUAUAGGAGUUAUCCACUAAGAAGAAGAAACGUGCUAGCAACCACUUAAUAUAUUUGAAAACACACCACCGCAAGGCAUGGAACAAUAUACAGUUGCUAGGACCCCACUCACACCGACUGCAUUCUUCAUGCAUACGGACCAGUAACGAGGUGCACAUCCAAUUCUAUAGAAAUCAACUAAGCAUUACAAAUAAAUUUCAGAAAUGUUUUCAAACAUGAAUUGACUUGCCUUCCAACUCUUGAUUUGAUCAGUUCUGGGACAGUCUAAAGGUGUGGACAGACGGGUGUUUUGUAGUUCUUAAAUUUCGUACGUUUGCUCAUGACAUCCACACUCUGUCUGUUCGCGCCGUAAUGGUUAAACAUCGAAAUCUGUUUUGAUUUCUAGCAGACUAAUGUGUGUUUAUAGAACCUUUUUUAUACACUGCACACAGAUUUGUUAGUGGAAUCUAUGUACAGGUUUGAGAAUCCUAA